AUGGCGACUCAAGAUCCGCACGUCAUCUCACAGCUGGUGAAAAGCCUGGAGACUGCUCGCAAAGCUAGAAAGGGCCAGCUAAGGUUCACCUGCAAAAAGCACACCUUUGUGCUAGCCAAUAAUGUUAUUGUGGACUCGUGGAAGUUCCAGGACUGGGACUACAAGCAGGCCGGCCUGCCGACAUAUGCGCGAGGUCUUUUCACCACCAAACGGAAGGACAACACCCCCGAAAUCGCAACGCGCGGAUACGACAAGUUCUUCAACGUAGGCGAGACAAAGAACACAGAAUGGCGCAACAUUGAGAAAAACACAAGGGGUCCCUACGAGCUGAGUGUAAAGGAGAAUGGAUGCAUUAUUUUCAUUUCUGCUUUGGAAGACGACACAUUGCUAGUCUGCAGUAAACACUCGACUGGAGCCCGCGACGAUACGAAAGUCUCCCACGCGCAGGCAGGAGAACGUUGGGUGGAACGCCAUGUCUCGUCCGUGAAUCGAUCUGUCAAGGAGCUUGCCCGGACUCUGCGCGAGAUGAAUAUCACAGCCGUUGGAGAACUCUGCGACGACACUUUUGAGGAGCAUGUGCUGGCCUACGAUGAGGCUUCUUCGGGCAUUUACCUCCACGGUCUCAACUACAACCAGCCUGAUUUUCAGACAAUGUCUUGUGACAAGGUGCAUAAGUUUGCUGACGACUGGGGAUUCAAGAAGGCCAAGUUCGAGGUAUUUGAUGACAUCUUCAGGGUGCAGAACUUCCUAGAAGGAUGCGCGGAGACAGGAACAUGGGAUGGACGUGAGACUGAGGGCUUCGUCAUCCGAUGCCAGCUGAGCGAUAACGGAACUGAACCCUACCGGAAUUGGUUCUUCAAGUAUAAGUUCGAAGAGCCGUACUUGAUGUACCGCCAGUGGCGUGAAUGCACCAAAUCCGUUAUCAGGGGGAAACACCCCAAGAUCAAGAAGCAUGAGAAGGUCACUGAAGAGUACUUGCAGUUCGCUCGACGGACUCUGCUGAGGAACCCUGACAUGGCAAAUGAUUACCUGAAUAACCACGGUAUCAUCGCUUUGCGGGAUGAGUUCCUCAAAGAACGAGGAAUGAAUGGAUCCGAGCUUAUCGCUCUAGAGGCUAAAAGGCUGAACGAAUCUCUGGAUGUCAACAAACAUGUCAUCCUCGCACCGGUUGCCUCGCUGGGAUGUGGAAAGACGACAGUCGCCUUGGCUCUGGUUAAGCUCUUCGGAUGGGGACAUGUUCAGAACGACAACAUUCCCAAACAGAGGAACAAGGCACAGAAGUUCGCUUUCGAGAUUAGCCAUGCUCUAGGAGAGCAUAGUGUUGUAAUCGCCGAUCGCAACAACCAUCAACGGCGCGAGCGGAAGCAGCUCAUGGACGAUAUCUACCCCGUGCUUCCGGAUGCGCAGUUCGUCGCUCUGCAUUGGGUUCACGAGCCCAAGGCAGACAUGCUUCCCGCCAUUCGAGAAGUCACUCGAAAGCGUGUGCUAGAGCGUGGCGACAAUCACCAAUCCAUCCGGGCUGGCACCAACGCCCGAGAAGAGACCGUCGGAAUCAUGGAGGGAUUCCUCGGCCGCUUCGAAGGCGUCGACACCACCCGCUUGCCAGACCAGGUCUUCGAUCACGUCAUUGACCUCGACGUGUGCGCCUCCUCUCGCGAGAACCUCGAAACAGUCGUCAGAGCCCUACACGCCGCCUACCCCCGCCUAGUUCCAACCAUGCCAACGGCAGCAGAGCUGGACGAAGCCAUCGACGCCUCCCUAAACGACUAUACCGUGACAAAGGAUCUCAGCUACAGCUACGGCGCUCCACAGAAGCCAAAGAAAAAGACCAAGAGUCAAGAACCCGGCCCCCUCCUUCCCGAACCAACAGACUCCCCCUUCUCACCAGAAGCCCUCUCCAAAAAGAUCGAAUACUUCAACAUCUCCCUCCCAACCACCGAAAUAACCUCAAUCCUGCACUCCCUCUUCCGGCCAACAACAGCCCCCGAAACAGCCCGUCUCUACAAUCAACUCGUAAACUCCCGCCGUCUCCAACCAACCUUCCACGUAACCCUCAUCCACCGCGCCUCGAAGAAAGACAACCCAGAGAUCUGGGACCAGCUAGCAAACUGCUACAUCGACACCCAGACCAAAAACCCCGUCCAAAAUCCAGCCCAGUACCCGCCAGCCCUGGGCUCCGCGCGUGUGCGCAUCGAGCGUCUCGUCUGGGACAACCGCAUCAUGGCCUUUGUCGCGCGCAUCCUGCCUGCCGAGGGCGUUGAGACAGAGACCGGUGCGGCUGAAUGGCCGUGUGCGAAUUCUAUUCCGCAUAUCACGGUCGGCACGGUGGCGCCAGAUGUUAAGCCGAAGGAGAGUAAUGAUUUACUGCGGCGGUGGGUUGAGGUCGGGUCUGGUGGUGAGACGGGGAUUUUUGAGGCGGAGGUCGAGGGUGUUAAGGUUGUUGAUGGUGUUGUUGGGUUGGUCAUGAGUCGGGGGAAGUAUUGA